CGCUAACAGAACUUCCUCCUGAACAGAUUGGAUUUUUGAAAUAUGACGUUGUUGAAGAGGUAUGUGUUGAGAUUGUUCAUAUCAUUGAAGUACAUCACUGCAAAUGUGGUAGACAGAAACAACGGAUGUAUAGUAGCAACAUCAUCUACUGUUGAACAUUCAGUGAAACAGUCACUUGAGUGCGGUAGAACUUGCAAUGCAAAGGCUGCAGCGAUUGUAGGAGAAGUGUUGGCAAUGCGUCUCAAAGUGGAGGGUCUUGAUCAGGGGCAAGGAAACGGGAUCCAUGUCAAUGUAAAUAAAGAGGUUGAGAAGAAAGGUUUCAAGAAUCGUACAAAAGUUUGGGCUAUAGUUAACGGCCUUAAGAGCAAUGGAGUGAAACUUAUUUUGGAUGACAACGAAAAUGACACUUCUCGCCCUAACUUCCACUAGAACAGUGCGCUGAUCCUGUUAUCUCACCCCAACAAGGUCUCUCACUACAAGAGUUGAAGAAGGUGCAGUCAUAAUUGAGCCUGAUUGCUGAAGCUAGUGACUUGGGGCAACUGAGAUUGGAUA